ACACCUUCUAUAUUUUCGUAAAUAAAAAAUAAACAAAAGAGUUCACGAGUUUGAACGAUCAGUUUCGACUUUGAAACAACGAAAGUUUGGUCGCAAUAAUGGGACGGGUUAUAUAACGACAAUAUAUGCAUGACUGAAUGAUCGUAAUUUAUUUAUCGUUGCAUGGUGGGCAAGGAGAGUCGUUAUAACACAGGUAUUCUGUUUCUUACACCUCGCUUACAAGUUGCCAUGUAUUUAACUUCGUAGGUGUUUGUUUUUUGUUGUUAUUUAUUUAGGGCUUAAAUGUCUAAGGGGACAAAACAUUUAUCUUAUUAUAUAGUAGGGUGGGAAAAGGGGGGCACCGUUUCGUUGCGUUUUGUCGUCCCAUUUGGUAGCAAACAAAGAAUAUUCAAAGAAUUAUAAAACCGUAUGCUCACAACUCCUUUAGACCGUUGUUAAUCGUUCAAACACAAUCAGGAUAUUUGGAUAUCAUGUGCUAAAUGUGUCCUAUCUUUGCCCAGCACAGUACUAUACCACUGUUGCGUAUAAAAACACAUCGUAAGCGCGAGCAUGUGAAUUGCCAAAUAAGCCACGUAUUUCAAUACCUUUUUUGAUCGUUGUGAUGGUUUGUUAUUGCCAACGAAUAAUCAAAGACACAACGAAACACCUGUUGCAUUCGUGGCGAAAUAUAUCAACGCUUCGUACUUUGACAAGUGUUUGUGACGUCGGGCAAUAAAAGGAUUUGAAACUUUCAAAUUUUAAUCUCGCGUAUCCUGUAGUUGUAUACGGGCUAUUAUUACGUAAUAAUUGGACAAUCAACCAUGUCGCGCGUACAACAAACACUCUUUGUUAUAAAAUAAAUAUUUACAAAAUCUCUUAAAAUGCAGCAAUCUAUGGUUGUCGUUCAUUCAUGCAAGCCAGCUAACCUGUAGUAAUGGUUUCUACCUAUAUCUCAUAUAUUGGUAUAAAUCUUCUUUGUAUUAUAAGCGGUGUAAUAGCAGAGAAAAAGGUACAGCUCAUUAAUGCGGAGUUAUCAGCCGGCGAGAAUUUUGAUGCGAUAGAAUUAAGUCACGAUGACGUAAUGAUGAUGUCACGAGAUAGCAACGAGGGAUUUGGGUUUGACUUUUGCCCACCGAAAUGUCAAUGCUAUAACGGUGGAUUAAUCAACUGUAGCAGGUUAGCUUUAAUUUCCGUCCCGAAGCUUCCACAGUCAGCCGUCUCCAUCGAUCUCUCGUUAAACGACAUCCAGCACAUCAGCGAUGGAAGUUUCAAAGAUCUACCAUCACUGACCACUGUUGAUCUGAGUGGGAACAAACUUAAUGCAGCAAGUUUCACGAACAUGUCUUUCGCUGGAAGUUUAAGCUUACAAACCUUGUACCUUGGUUACAACAACUUCCAUUUCGUACCUCAAUAUUUACCAAAGCAGAUUCUCGAGUUGGCGCUUUACAAUAAUAAGAUUGCAAACAUGUCUCUCACCUCACUAACAAACUACCCGUCAAUCAAAUACCUUCGACUCGACAACAACAUGAUAACAGACGUACCUGGUCUAUUAUCCCAAUCAACUCCUAACUUGACGCAACUUGAUCUUUCGUUCAAUCAAAUCACAGACGCGGGAAUUAAAGUUAACAGUUUUAAAGGUCUAACGAAGCUUCGAACAUUAAAUUUUCGUUUCAACCAAAUGACUAAAAUACCUUCAAACCUUCCAACAUCGUUGCUACAUUUCGACAUGGUUGGAAACCCCAUUCAAGUUAUUCAACCUUACGCUUUUCAACAUCAAACUAAACUUGAAACGCUUGAGAUUUGGCAAAGUGGUUUAAAAACAAUAUCCGACAACUCAUUCUAUGGAUUGGGAGAUCUUACAAUAUUGGACCUGAUGGAUUGCCAUGUUGAAACUAAACUAACCAACAAAACCUUGGCCGGGUUGUCUUCUGUACAGACGGUUGAUAUUAGUUUAAGUAAUAUACCAUCGAUUGAAGUUGGUGCAUUCAAAGGCCUUACCGCCUUAAAGCAACUCUGGCUCAAUGACAACCCACUCAAGACUUUACCCGAAGGUGUAUUUUCACACGCAUUCAUUCCUUCCAUAUCUAUAAUAUACUUAUGGGGACCAAUGGGUGUGUGAUUGCCAUCUUAAAUGGUUGAAGGUUAUGCAAGAAAGCGGUGACGUCAUUCAAGACCCUGGCCUCAUGAAAUGUAAAGAGCCGACGAAACUUAACGGGAAAUUAUGGAGUGGAAUUUCUGCUGAUGAUUUUACGUGUUGAGAAUUAAAUGUACAAUUUUAAAAA